CAGAGUCACAACCCAAUUCCACAACCACCAAUUCACCACUAUCAUCUGCCAAUACGAUGCCGUCCGGUGAGCUGCGGCAGUCCGACUGCUCGGAGGACGAGGCCGAGCAGUGGCUGUGGGCCCGGAUCAAAGCGGAGGCGAAGCGCGACGCCGAGUCGGAGCCGGCUCUGGCCAGCUACCUCUACUCGACCAUCCUCUCGCACUCGUCGCUGGAGCGAUCGCUGUCGUUUCACCUCGGCAACAAGCUCUGCUCCUCCACUCUCCUCUCCACGCUUCUCUACGACCUCUUCCUCAACACCUUCUCUUCCGACUCCUCUCUACGCGCCGCCGCCGUCGCUGAUCUACGCGCCGCCCACGAGCGCGACCCGGCCUGCGUGUCGUUCUCUCACUGCUUGCUCAAUUACAAAGGCUUUCUGGCAUGUCAGGCUCACCGAGUGGCACAUAAGCUGUGGAUUCAGUCACGCAGGCCGCUGGCGCUAGCGCUCCACUCACGGAUAGCUGAUGUGUUUGCGGUGGACAUUCACCCGGCAGCGAGGAUUGGGAAAGGGGUGCUGUUCGACCACGCGACAGGAGUGGUGGUGGGGGAGACGGCGGUGAUUGGGAACAAUGUGUCCAUACUCCACCACGUGACGCUGGGAGGGACUGGAAAGGUCGGGGGAGACAGACACCCAAAGAUUGGUGAUGGGGUACUUAUUGGAGCUGGGGCGACGAUUUUGGGGAAUGUGAAGAUUGGAGAGGGGGCAAAGAUUGGGGCGGGGUCGGUGGUGCUUAUUGACGUGCCGGCGAGGACUACGGCGGUGGGGAAUCCGGCGAGAUUGGUUGGCGGGAAGGAGAAGCCGUCGAGGCAUGAAGAUGUGCCUGGAGAAUCCAUGGACCAUACCUCGUUUUUAUCAGAGUGGUCUGACUAUAUUAUAUAGGGUUUUGCCAGUUUUGAUCUUGCUUGUGACACAAACAAUGUAUGCUAUGUUGAACAAUAUUACCGUGUUUGCUAAUCAUCAUUCGCCUCUAAACCUGUGGGAGUUGUAUCUGUACGAACUAAACAACUAGCUGGCUUUAAGUGAUCAGUGUUUCAUUGAUCGAACGCUAUUCCAAGUUGCUUAUAUCCAAUGGCAUUG